AUGAUGGAGGAAGUCAAUUUAUCUAAUGAAAAUAAUAAAAAAAAUAAUACAAAUUCAACAUAUCAAUCAAAAUUUGAUAAUUAUCCAGCGUCAUUAUUUAAACAAUCUAAAACACCCGUACCUGGAGUUUCUUUUAACGAGACAGAAACAGACAAUGCAGUAUUAAUAUCUUCUGAUACCAAUUCUAUUGACUCUAACGGUAAUUAUGCUGAUAAAAGAACAAAAAGUUCUACACAAGAUAUGGGUAGACAAGGAACAUAUCAUCCUAAAAAAAAAGAAAAUAAAGGAGCAACAGCAAAAAUUUCAACUUUAUCUAAUGGUCCUACAAUUAUUAAUGAUUCUAAAGAAAAAGAUUAUACUAAAGAUAAAAGAAAAGGAUAUACAGGAAGUGCAAUUGCCUGCCUAUUAACAUUUGCCAUUCUUGCAGCAUUAACAUCUGCUCUUAUCACACAUUUUGUUACACUAGAACAAUGUCCAGUUGGUUAUCCAAAUAAAACAAUUGUUUUAGAUGAUAGAUUUGGACCUGAUUUUUUUAAAAAUAUAACAAUUGAUCAAGAGACAGAGGAUGAAGAAGAAAAUAUGUCAUCUUCAGGAGAACCAACAGCAGAAGAAUUAAGAUUACCUAAGAGUUUAAGACCAAUAUGGUAUGAUUUAAAAUUAAAAGUUUAUCUUCCUGGAUAUGUUGAAAUACCAAAAAACAAAAAUCUUACAUUUGAUAGUUCAAUACAAAUUAACUUUGUGGUUGAUGAAGAGACCAAUGAAAUAGUAUUAAAUGCUGACAAAUUAAAAUUUGAUACUAAUGACCUUGAAAACAAGUACAAACUUUUUAAAUCUGAUCCAUCACAAAAUACAAAAAAUAAUAUUAAUGUUGAUAGAAAACAUAUAUUUAGAAGGAGUAGUAAUGAUACAAUAGAAGAAUUUCCAACAACUACUGUUAAACCAAUUAGUGAAGAGUUCAUUGCAACUGAAUUACCAUUAACUCCACAGGAAUCAAAUACAACUUUGACUAAUACUAAUUUUACUACUUCUAAGUCUAUUGAUAAAACAACAACUACCAUACCAGUGUCAAGUUUUGAAGCAAUUGAAACUGAUAAUGAUGUUGAUAUUACAACAGAAACAUCAAUUUCUAAAACAACUAAAAAAACUUUUGAAGAUGUGACAGUUGCUGAAGAAGAAAUGACACCUAGUGGGGUAAAUGUUAUUGGAGUAGUUGUUAAUGAAACAUUAAAAAAAGUUGUUUUUAAAUUAAGUAGUACUUUAAAAAAAGGUGAAACAUAUAUUUUUGCAAUUAAAUAUAGUGGUAAGAUAAGUAAUUAUCUUAGUGGUCUUUAUUUAACAAAAUAUACAUCACAUAAAAAAACUGUACUUGCUGCUGUUACACAAAUGGAACCAGAUGAUGCUAGACAAUUAGCUGUAUGUUUUGAUGAACCUGAAUUUAAAGCAAAAUGGAGAGUUUCUGUUCAACAUCCAAAAGGAACUGUUGCUAUUGGUAAUGGAAUAGAACUUCAAAAUGGAAUUGAUACUGAUGACAAUGAUUGGAAAUUAACAACAUUUAAAGAAACACCACCAAUGAGUUCAUAUUUAUUAGCAUUAGUUAUUGGUAAUUUUUCAUAUACUGAAGGGAAUACAAAAACUGGUGUAAGAGUAAGAGUUUGGUCAAGACCAGAAACUGUAGCUCAUACAACAUAUGCUCUAGAAGCGGGUAUUAAAGUUUUAGAAUUUUAUGAAAAAUAUUUUGAUGAACCAUUUCCAUUAGAAAAACAAGAUUUGAUAGGAUUAACAGACUUUUCUGCUGGUGCUAUGGAAAAUUGGGGUCUUAUUACAUAUCGUGAGACAGAUCUUUUAUAUGAUCCAAAAGUACAAUUUCCAUUCCAAAAAAUUAGAGUAUCACUUGUAAUAGCUCAUGAAAUGGCUCAUCAAGUUUUUGGUAAUCAAAUAACAUUAAAAUUCUGGGAUGAUCUUUGGAUUCAAGAAGGUUUUGCAUCAUUUCUUGAACAUCUUGGAUCUGAUGCUAUAUCUGAUGGUAAAUUUAGACAAGAUGAAUAUUUUAUAUCUGAAGUAUUACAAAAUGCUAUGAAAUCUGACUCCAAAGCAACCUCUCAUCCACUUUUCUUUCCUAUAACUAAAGCUGAAGAUAUUUCACAUGCAUUUGAUGUUAUUACAUAUGAUAAAGGAGCUUCAUUUAUUAGAAUGCUUAAAAAUGUUAUUGGAGAGGAAAAUUUUGUAGAAGGAAUUAGAGAAUAUAUUGAAAGAUAUAAAUAUAGUAAUGCUGUUCAUGAAGAUUUAUGGAAAGCAUUACAAGCAAAAAUACCAAGUGAUUUAAAAUCAUGGGAUGGUAAAACAUUUGAUGUUUCUGAUUUUAGUAAUAAAUGGGUUGAACAAAUGGGAUAUCCAGUAGUAUAUGUUCGUAGAAUUGAUGAAACAAGUGUUGAAUUAUUACAAAAACGUUUCAAAUUAGAUGAUAAUACUAUUGAAGAUAAGAAAUUUAGAAAUGCAAAAUAUUGGUAUAAAUGGGAUGUUCCAAUAUGGUAUUCAAUUAAUGGUGAAGAAAAAAAAAUGACAUGGCUUCAUGAAUCAACUACAAUUAAUACAACACUUCAAGAUACUUUAAUUAUAAAUACAGAUUCAAAAGGAUUUUAUAGAGUUAAUUAUGAUAAAUUUGGAUGGGAAUCAAUUAUAAAACAAUUAAAUACUGAUCAUACAAAAAUUUCUAUUAAAACAAGAGCUAAAAUUAUUGAAGAUGCUUUUUCUUUGGCAGAGGCUAAUUUAUUACCAUAUUAUGUUCCAUUAAAUAUUACAAAUUAUCUUUCUAAAGAAACUGAAUAUAUUCCAUGGAUUAUAGCUAUCACAAAUUUAGAUAGUAUUUUAAGUAAAUUUGAUGAUGAUCCAGAAGUUGAGAUAGUUGAAAAAUAUUUUGAAAAAUUAUUAAAACCAUUAUAUAGUUCUACACAAUGGGAAGAAUUAAAUUCAUUUAUGGAUAAUGAUGUAAAUAUAUUUGAAAAUCAAUUAAAAUCAACUGUUAUUAAUAUGUAUUGUCAAGUAAAUAGAAAAGAUUGUGCACCAAAAAGUUUAGAAUUAUUUAGAAAUAAUUUUGUUAAAAAUUGUAAAGAUGUUGAUGCUGUUAGUAGUGAAUGUAGUAAAGUUCCACCUAUGAUAAGAAAAUUUGUUUAUUGUAAUGGAGUAAAAUAUGGUACAGAAGAGGAUUGGCAAUUUGUAUAUGAUAAAUUAAAUAAUGAAAUUUCACAAAUUGAACAAAAUAGAUUAUUAACAGCUUUAGGUUGUACAAGAAGUAGUCUUAUUAAGAAAAAAAUGUUAAAUGACUCUAUUUCAAUUGAAAAAAACGUAUAUAGACUUCAAGAUGUUCCAUUAUUACUUUAUUCAUUAGCUUCUGAUCCAUUAGGAAGUAGAAUUUCAUUUGAAUAUUUAAUAGAUAAUUGGAAUAUGAUAGAAAAAAUACUUAAAAAGUCAUAUUCAAUUUUAAGUGAAUUUAUAAGUGGAUGUAUUCAAAUUUAUAGAAAGGCUGAUAUUGACGUAUUUGAAAGAUUUUUAGAAGAAAAUAAAAAGACAACACAUAAAUAUGAGGAUUUUAAACAAAGACUUGAAGCUGCCAAACAAAGAAAAGAAUGGAAAGAAAAACAUAUGGAACCCUUAUAUGAUUGGUUUUCUAAAAAUAUUUAG